GACGACACGAGAUUAUAACCCGUGGUAGUCUGCACUUGGAAAACUGCCGCAAGAAAAGAGAGGCGCACAAAUAAGAAGAAACCGCAAAACAGUUCAAAUCAGCGCAGCCAGGAAUGUCGCUGGGCUGCUGUUAAGGCGAAAAGGAGACGGAAGCAAGUCCAGCCAAUCCGGGUGGAGAUCAUUUGCUGCAUAUUAACAAGCUGAAUAGGAGCAGUAUUUGAGGACUUUUCAGAGGAAGACAAGUGCUGGAGCUCUGGCUGGGUACAGUGACAGGAUACUGUCUAAUCCCUUAUGCUUGCAUGACUGUCAGUGUGGAGUAGUGCUGGAGGCUGCGAGGCGACUGUGGGAAGUUCCUGAGUUCAGAGAAGCAGAGUGGCAAUCAGUCACAGAGAAACACUUGUGCAGAGAGAGGACUGAAGCUCUUUCACAAAAAGGAUAUAGAACGCACUCUCACAUCUCCGCUGUGUUGCACGGGGUGUGAUCGCUGUGGCAGCACCUCAGGGAAUUGAAGGAAGUUGGUGCUGACAUGAUGGUGUGGCUGCUUCAGGAGUGGGCCUGGCAAGCUCUUGUCCUGGUGAUUGGACUUGCAUCGCUAAGCUGUGGGGCUGAUGCCAACAUGUUGGACACCAUGCUCAUGAAGAGUGGAAAGAAGGAGGGGUCUAAGCGACUGGUGGAGGAGAGCAGCAACACAGCCACCAUUUCAGUUCAGAAGAUGCUUCGCUGCCACUGCACCCAGUGCCCUGAAGGCUCUAUCAACAACACUUGCAUGACUAAUGGUUUCUGCUUCACCGUGGUUCAGGAGGAGGCAAGUAAAACUGAGGUGUCUUCAGGUUGUUUGCCGUUGGCCGGGUCAGAGUUCCAGUGCAGAGACCCUUUGGCUACACGACUGAGGAGAAAUCUUGAGUGUUGCAAUGAUCAGGACUACUGCAACAAAGACCUACAUCCAACACUUCAAUCACCUAUGACACCAGAUUAUUUGGACAGCAAUAUCCAGAACAUAGCUCUCUUCAUUUCAGUCACAGUUUGCAGUAUACUCAUCAUUCUUAUCUUCUGUUACUUCAGAUAUAAGCGACAGACGUCACAGCCGCGCUAUAGCAUUGAUCUAGAGCAGGAUGAGACCUACAUUCCCCCCGGAGAGUCUCUGAAUGAUCUGAUUGAGCAUUCCCGCAGUAUCGGAUCUGGCUCUGGGUCAGGACUCCCUCUGCUGGUGCAGCGCACCAUCGCCAAACAGAUUCAGAUGGUUAAGCAGAUCGGAAAAGGACGGUACGGCGAAGUCUGGAUGGGCAAAUGGAGAGGGGAGAGAGUGGCUGUCAAAGUCUUCUUCACUACUGAGGAGGAGAGCUGGUUCAGAGAAACAGAAAUUUACCAGACUUUCCUGAUGAGGCAUGACAACAUACUGGGUAAGAUUGCACAAGGAGAAUGUGAAAAAGUACUGGAGGGCAAAGAUCAGCACAAGCCACAAGUAGUCUCUCUGUUGUCUGAUCAGGCAUGCUCUUUAGUUUUUGUGCCAGCAUUUCUCAGUCCUCUCAUCUGUGCUAUCCAAUCCCCAGGUUUCAUAGCUGCAGACAUUAAAGGGACUGGCUCAUGGACUCAGCUUUACCUAAUUACAGACUACCAUGAGAAUGGAUCCUUGUAUGACUACCUCAAGUCCAACACCUUGGAUGUUAAGGCUUUGCUGAACUUGGCACACUCCUCCAUUUCAGGCCUCUGUCACCUACACACAGAAAUCUAUGGCACACAGGGCAAACCUGCUAUUGCACACAGAGACCUGAAGAGCAAAAACAUCUUGGUAAAAAAGAACGGCUUCUGCUGUAUAGCAGACCUGGGGCUGGCUGUCAAGUUUAACAGUGACACCAAUGAAGUAGAUAUCCCCCCUAAUCUGCGAGUUGGUACUAAGCGCUACAUGCCACCUGAAGUGUUAGAUGAGACUCUGAACAGGAGCACCUUCCAGUCUUUUAUAAUGGCUGACAUGUAUAGUUUUGGACUUAUACUUUGGGAGAUGGGCCGUCGCUGCAUUUCUGGAGGUGUUGUGGAGGAAUAUCAGCUGCCCUAUCAUGACCUUGUGCCCACCGACCCUUCCUAUGAGGACAUGAGAGAGGUUGUUUGCAUUAAGAAGCAAAGACCAUCAUUUGCUAAUCACUGGAGCAGUAAUGAGUGUCUACGACUGAUUGGAAAACUGAUGUCAGAGUGCUGGGCUCACAAUCCGGCUUGUCGCCUCACAGCUCUGAGAGUGAAGAAGACCCUGGCAAAGAUGUUAGAGUCCCAAGACAUCAAACUGUGACAGAGUAAGAAAGAAUGUUGUCAUCACCCAGAGACUUGUCAUUGCCACUGGCACAGGCCACUUAGACAGGCCAACAGAAGAAAGGGAAAAACAAGAGACUGUGAAUAAUAGGACAGAGGAAACUGACAGGGAGGAUGAAUUCUACAGAUAAUGGUCACUGUGGCGCAAGAAAUAUCAGAAGAAAAAGAUUUAUUGCAUAAAGGGAGACCUGCUCCUUCAGUGCCUGAGCGGGCUCUGCCUCAGACCAAGUGUUCAGUCUGCGCUUUCUGUGAAAGCUGAGUGACUGAUCCAGACUGUCCAGGUGGACGCGUGGCGAAGAACUGCUGCAGAAAGGGGACUCAGAUUCCUCUGAUCCGGUCUACACAGAGGGCCUUCCUGCACUGCUUUCUAAAGCCAUACCGAAGUAUUAUUUUAGCAGUCUUUUGUGCUGUUUAAGAUGCCUUUUCUGUGUGUGAUUUUUUUUUUUUUUUUCGUGACUCAUUUCAUGGAGUUUACAAUCAAUUUCAUCAUGGGGAUUGUCAUUGAUCCAAAGAAAUUUUAAGACAAAUUCAA